UGCUUAUUUGAUAUGUAAAUGUAGUUUAUAACAUUUCUUCAAAAUGGCGACCGUUUUGUCUGUCACGGCAGUGUACAGUGGUGGUCAAAAGCGACAGUCAGAGAGAACGCAGCAUUUUAACAGUCAUCUAAUAUCCAAUAGAUUAAAAUAAAAACGGCAGAAUGUGGUUUUACACAAAAUAUAAAGGAUUUAUGGAUGAUUACAUUUUGAUAUAAAAUGUAAUGCUUCGUUUGAUAUAGUUAUUUGCUACAAUAUCGUUUGAUCUUUCACCUUUCACCUACAACCCCAAUUUGAAAAAUGGCUGCCUCCAUCCCAGGCAUCGUGAAGGUUUUGUGCCGUCUGUCGCCUUCUAUUUUACAUCCAUUACGACAAUAUCAGUCCUGUCUGCAGAGGCUACCUGUAAGAACAUGCCCGGGUCUCUCUCUGUUUGUACCUCCAAGUCACUUUUUCUGCAAAGCAGCAUCACUCCAAGAUGAGGAUGCUGCUAGGGCUGCUGAGGCUCUCUCCCGCUACAACAACAGACCCUGGGAUUACCUGGAGAGUGAAGAGUACAUUGAGAGGUAUGGAACCAAUCCAGUGUGGGCAGGCUACAGGAGGAACCACAAAGGAGGCAUUCCUCCACAGAAGACGCGCAAGACCUGCAUUAGAGGAGACAAGAUAUGUGGAAACCCCUGUCCAAUUUGUCGGGAUCCAAACGUUAUCAUCCACCAUCAGAAUGUGAAAUUGCUGCAGCAGUUCAUUAGUCCCCACACUGGGAUGGUGUAUGAUCCCACUCAAACUGGUGUGUGUAUGAAACAGCAGACGAAGCUAAAUGAGGCAAUUAACACGGCACGUGAUCAUGGCUUACUUCCCUUUCAGAUUCCAUAUGUGGAAUUUUCAGGAGAGGACUACUCCAAUUCCCAUGACGCUGUGGGUUCCACACCGCCUCCCCAGUCCUUAACCUCUAAAGACACCUGGUAUAAAUGGUACGGUGAAAUAAAGCCUGAUGAGAGUGACGUGGCUAAAGUCAAGAAGACAUACAAGGCUUACUUAAAGUGAUGGAGACUACAGAACCAGUCCUGUUGGUCAUGCUGUGAUGUUGCUGCCAUUAAUGCAGUAACUAUGUCUGGUUUGCUAUACAAAUAUACAUGUCUAUUGGACAAUAUGAAUUUAAAUAAAAUUGCACCAUAACACAUGAAAAA